AUGGCUUCUUCCGUCGCGCCCGCGUCGUGCGCGCUGCCCCUGCAUCCGAGGGUGGCCACGGCGGCUGCCGCGGCGGCAGGCCCCUCCUGCCGCGUGCUGCUCGCCUUCACGGCGCCCCGCUCGGCCGCGUCGGUGCGCCGGGCGGGGAUUCUCGCGCCGCUCCGGUGCUCGCCGCUCGAGGAUCCCGGCGCCACCGGCAGGGACGAAGGGGGGAAGGAGAAGGGGGGCGUGAGCAAGCGGGUGCGCGGGAGGCCCAUGUGGAGGCGGAUCCUCUUCGCCUCCAAGAAGACCCGCAGCAUCAUGAUUCUCAACGCCCUCACCGUCAUCUACGCAAGUGAUAUUCCAGUUCUGAAAGAGGUUGAAGCCCUCACAGAACCUGCUGUUUUCAACAUGGUGCGCUUCGUUAUCGCGGCCAUCCCCUUCCUACCAUUUGUGAUACGCGCAUUUGGCGAUCGCCGUACACGAAAUGGGGGAUUAGAGCUAGGAGUUUGGGUUAGUCUAGCGUACCUUGCUCAAGCAAUUGGGUUGAUCACAUCUGAAGCUGGGCGAGCAUCCUUCAUUGCAGCCUUCACAGUGAUAGUUGUGCCUCUAAUUGAUGGCAUUUUUGGCGCCUCAAUCCCCAUGCUGACUUGGUUCGGGGCCAUAGUAUCGAUUAUUGGUGUUGGCCUGCUAGAAUGCGGUGGCUCUCCUCCUUGUAUUGGUGACGUGCUGAAUUUCUUGAGUGCGGUAUUUUUCGGGAUCCAUAUGCUUAGAACGGAGCAAAUAUCGAGAAGUACAGACAAGAAGAAGUUCAUGGCUCUACUUAGCUUUGAGGUCCUUGUUGUGGCUUUCACCUCGAUAGUCUGGUUUUUGCUCAAAGAUGUCUUUGCUGAGGUCCACGAUUCCAGCUUUGAAUCAUUGACUUUUGGUACGCUUUGGGAUUCGGCGGCUUCUUUUCCUUGGAUACCGGCACUGUACACCGGAGUCUUUUCAACGGGGUUAUGCAUGUGGGCAGAGAUGGUAGCGAUGGCCCAUGUUUCAGCAACUGAAACUGCAAUCGUUUAUGGGCUAGAACCGGUAUGGGGAGCCGCAUUCGCUUGGUUUCUCUUAGGUGAAAGAUGGGACAAUGCUGCAUGGAUUGGAGCUGCCCUUGUACUAUGUGGAAGCCUUACUGUACAGCUAUUCGGGUCAGCUCCCGAAAAAUCCCAGAAAGUUGAAUCGCGCAGCGGGAAUACAUUUGAAUCCCCACUGGAACGGCAGAACCGAUUGUCGCUAUCUGCUAUCCCCGUCGAUUCCAGGAAGAACAUAGGGAGCCAAUUAGAGAGGAAGGAUAAAACAUUGUAG